AUGAGGAAAAUGGCUGGUUUUCGAUUACCGGCGUCUCCACCGCCGCCAGAUCUCUCGAAUUUAACCGAGGAGGAAAAGGAAAUAAUCCAGUCCGUAUUGGAACGACAAAAACAAAUGGAAGAAGAGACAAAUCAGUUGCAACUGUAAGCUAAAUUCCCACUACUAAAAUUUCUACAUAACGCCAUGUUGGCGAUAGCUGAUGCUGCUUUUCUCGGCGUGUUUAAUUUUAUUCCUUUGAAGAAAUGAUAUCUUUUCCGAAAAGUAAUCGUUUGAACUUCGUUUGGUCACUAUAUUAUAUUGAGCUUGCAUAGUUCGCUAUUUUUUCACGCUUGGUUGGAAAUUAAACAAGUGUUUAUACUUUGGCAUGUUUCUGCUGUAGAUCUCUACAGAAGGAGGUGGAAAGUUAUCAACAUCGCGUCGAAAGAAAGAGUGGUCAAGCACAAGCGGAUUCUGCUCUAAAGGAGGACAAUGUUUGCGAAAUUUGCCACAAAACAAAAUUUACUGAUGGUGCCGGUAAAGAGUGCAAGUAUUGUAAACUCAAAGUCUGUGCGCGGUGCGGAGUUCAAGUUACUAUUCCUGGCACAAAACAGGUGAAUUUAUGAAAUUUUUUAAGCGAUUUCAACGUAGGGAAAUGUGUAAAAGAUACUAUUGUUAUCAUAGGCGUCAUUCACAUUUUCUCUCUAUUUUUAAAUAAUUUUAAACGACUGUAGGAUCUUUUUGAUGAGUAGUGGAUAACCUUUGUGGUUCUCGAUUUCGCUUAGAUUAAAAUAACUGAAUAUUUUUUUCUACUUUUUUCCCCCACCUUCAUAUCGGAUUCUUCGACAAUUUCUUGCAUCGAUGCCCACUCAGACUUCGGUAAGUCAAAGUAUAACUUUAAUCUUCCAAUUUUACACUUUAACAUUUUAUUUCAAGGCUUGAGAUCUUCCAAAACAUUUGCUGAAGGGUUUUGCAGAGCUGAUAGUAAACACAGUGUUGACAGCUAGAGGCUUCCUUGCUCAUGUAUUUUUAAAAACUUCCACUUUGUAGAUUUACUUUUAAAAUAAUUUCUUAUUCACUGAAGCUUGAACAAUUUUAUCGGUAAGCUUCAUCGAUCAUUUGCCCACGGUGGCUUAAACUUUAAAAUGGUAAUCUGCAAUUACAACUCCGUAGUGAAAAUUUCCUGCGGAUUAUUUUUAAGGGCUACAGACUGUUGUGUCGGGAACAUUCCUCGGAGUAUUACAUUUCACAUACUAUUUUAUGUUCCAAUUCUGCUUGGCGGAUUACUUUUUAUGAAUAUGGAAGUUUCUAGGCAUUUUAGCAAAUCCCCAUGGACGCUAACAUUAUAGGGUACUUCAAAAGUUUACUUUUUUAUAUCGGAAUGAGUAGGAAAUGGCUUAAUUUAUAGUGAAAUGUUCGAACAGUACUUUUUUCCAAUAUGCUCGUUACCAGUUGUGAUGUACAGGUGAAUAUUAUCGACCCACCCAACGUUUUUUUUGGCAAACAUUUUGCUUAUGAAAUGACAUGUCUAAAAUUUAACCACUCCAAAUACUUCUGCAUUAUUUUUUUAAAAACAAUGUUUUCUUUUUUUUUAAAAGUGUACAUGUAUUCACAGUGGAAAUUCUCUGUUUGGAAUAAUUACUAGAUCAAAACAUUCUGGCCUCAUAAAGCAUUGUAUUUAAAGAACCUGCCUUGAGUAAAUAAUGCUAAAUUUACUGAUUUAUAUUUGUCUUGUGUCAAGAUCUGGUUGAAAUAACUGCUCAGCCCCUCUGCAUUCUGUAUUGGAAAAUUUUCAAAUGUACACUUUUCAAACUUGGAUAAAAAUUAUCUUGUUUACUCUCUAUUAUUAAAUUGUGAUCAAUAUUCAUAAUACUCAGCAUAAGAAAUUUCCUUUAUUUUUGUUUUUAGCCAGAUUUUUAAAACCUGUCUGACUGAAAAGCCCUUUAAGCUGUGAUCUAACUCGUCCAUUUUGCAAGUUUAAAGAAUACUUUUUGUUUUUGCGAAGAAUAAAGUGUAUUUUGACAGAUUGUAGCUUCACAUUGAUUAUGCAGAAGUACAUUGGAAACCAAAUAUCUGGUCGUAUUAUUUGUCACCCAAACCACAGGGUAAUUUCCUUUUUUCAUCCUCUCUCUUGCCAUUACAAUAACAAAAAUUUAAACUUUUAUGAAGCUCUAUGAAUUAAGCAAUAUUUGUUCUUAUUCCAAAUUACUUUGCUUUUUCAUCUUACCUCUUACAAUCAUGUGUUUAGCACUUGAAAUUAUUAUUCGCAUUACACCUACCAGUUGGUGUGGUUAUGUGUCUGUGUUGCUGACGUAGAACAAAGCCAUAUAUAAAAUGCAUUUAAGAGGGAUUGAUAAGAUCUAAAGUUCACGGCAAAGGUUAUUUCAGUGAAGCUAGACACAACCGCUUCUUUUGUGGUUAGAAUUUAGCUCUGACACUUGAUUCAAAGAGUGAACAAGGUUAUCUCCUCAUGCAAAAAAAACUUGCCAAAUUUUGGUGUUCUAGAUUUGCAACUGUUAUAAGACUGAUAAAUGAUAGCAAUUACGUCUUGGAGUCUAUUAAAAAUUCAAACUAACCCAAACAUUAAUUAAAAAGUGAAGAAUUUCUUUCUCGAAAUUUGAUGAGGCACAAAAAUUAUUUGCGCCUUUUUCUAGAAAAAUCUCUUUAUUAUGACUUUUAUUGCUGAGUUGCAUUUCCAAUGACAUGGUUUAUAAGCAUGGAGGAGUUUUAAAAUUGUUACUGUUUGCUGGUCGAUUAAGCGAUGGCUAUGUCAGUAGUAUUCUGUUAACUUGCUUUUGCCCGAAGGCAGUUUCUUCAUCUGACCAAAUGCUUUCAGCAUUAAUUUAUCUGAUGUUGGGUUUUGAUUAACUUUCAACUUCAAAGAACUUCUAUUUGAAGUUUUUCAUGAUAAUUCAAGAUUAUGCUUUAAACUGUAACAUACUAAAAUUUGAAGUAUUAUUUUUUCUUUGUUUGGUAACAUUUUGACAUUCCCAAAGCCAAUAGUAUGAUCUCUAUAGGGGUUAUUUUUGACUGUUUAUGAAUGAAAAAAAAAUUUAACAUUUGCCUAAAUUGCCACCAAAUUUUAACAAUCUUUUUGCAUAUCUCAUUAAGGAAAUUUUGUUGUGUUGACUCUGCAUCUUGUAGUUAUAUAAUCUUUCUUCUGGUUUUGUUCAAAUUCUUGAAUUCUUUUUGCAUCAAGUUGACAAAUUAAAGACACCGACUUUUGUUUAGACUACAUGUUUCCUUUUUCAAACAAUGCCGGCUGAGAAUUUGAAACACUGCUUAGGAACAUCUAAUAGAUGAACUUCCCUCUGGCAAUAACAUUCUUAAUUGUGAUGGCUAUGGUAAUAUUGCAAAUGUGUUUGUUUUGGCAUGGUACUUUGGCAAUGCACCUGUUAAAACAGUUUUCUUAAUUUAUGGUUUAAGUGUUGAUGGUAAUUGUUCAGAAGGUAAUGUCUCAUAAAUUGAGAUUCUGGUUGAUUACUCCCUAAAAAAUAUUGAUGUCUUUAAACCUGCCAAAUGUUUUUCUUGCAAGCAUUUUUUUUUUCCUGCUUCUUGUUUUGCUACCAAGCUUUACGAUAUGCUCAGCUGGUCUGAAUGAAUUGAUACUUAUAAUAAGUUUUAACCUUGUUUUAAAUGCAAGCACUGUGCACACUCUGGGCAAAAAUGUUCUUACAUUUUGAAAAAUUAUAUGAAAAAGCACUGUGGUCAUGAAUUCCACAGUAAAAUCCUUUUUUUUACUCCACUGCAAAGAGUUAAUGUGCACUAGUAGUAGAGAGGCUUUCAAAUUUUGUAAUGAUUUCACUUUUUCUCUGGUCUGGUCAAUUAAGAUAGCUUUGUUUCAAGCCUACAGUUCCCUAAAUUCAGUAUGAGAAGAAAAGUUGUUCUGUUUCCAAGAUUUUUGUUUUUGUGACUGAGAUAUUGGUUGAAUGGCUGGAACCAAGAACAAAUUAAGGCAAGGUUAUCUGGAAAAAAUUAAGAUUUUUAUACCCUUUACUGUAUACAAACUGGGAAGGGUAUAACAAAUGCUUGUAAUCUAUAAAGCAUCUCAAUGAAUCAUUGUUUGAUUGGUAAAGCAGUGUGUUGCAGUCAUUUAAAAUUAUACGUACCUUAAAUCUUCAUGAGGUAAUUGCUGUCAUUGGUGAAAUUGUCAUGUUGUCUUGUAAAAUUUCACAACUUGAAAGUGAUUACACUGGUUGAAGUUGAUCUUGAGAAGCCUCCUUAAAUGAUGACAGUUUACCUUUUUACACUCUAACAUCAGAAUAUAUUUUCUUGAUACUGUUCUCUCUACAUCUCCUAAUAUGUUGACAUGGAAAAUUUGUUUAGCAAUUAAGAGCUUCUUCAGUUGGUGAUCGUUUGCUUUACUCUCAUGACAAUAUGUUUGAUCAGGGCUGAUAUUGUGGGGAGAAAUUAGACACUAGUCACUCUUAGGGGUGAAAAGGUGAACACUGUGUGCAGUAGAUCUUUGUUUCGCAGUUGUGAGAAGUUGUCAUUUAGCUCUUGUUUCAAUUUCAUUUUUGUUCCUUUUUCAUUUCAUUUGCCUCUUACAUGUUCAUGUAGUUCCAUUUAUUUUUAUUUUUAUUUAAGCUGUCCAAGCACCUUUGCAGAAAGUUUGAUUGAUUCAUACCCUAUACAAUAAUCUCUGUAGUCACAUAUUGUAUUAUAAAUUUAUUGAUCGAUAUUUGAGUCAGGUGAUAUUAAUCUUAAUAUUAUUAAUAAUAUUAGAUGAUAAUUCAACUUACCUCUAACAUUAUAAUUGCUAUUAACUUGAAUGUUUAAUAUACACUGUACCAUGGUUAUUUGGCAGACAGUUUUUAUGUUACAGAUGUACACAUACAUCAAGUGUUAGAAAUAUUAUUUACCAAUUUUUUUUUAUGAACAAUUUUGGUUCAAACUAACAAUUUUCCCAGGACUUUGAUAUUAAAAUAUCAUACAGUUGUACUGUAUAUGAGGAAAAUUACUGCAUGUAAUAAAUUUUAUGAACUUCAGGUAAGAAAUAACAAUUGUCUUGCAAAAUACUCACCUUGGCAAACAAUAAUUUAAAAAUCCACAUAAAGUAAUUUACUUUAAGCAUACAUGUCUAUUUACUUAUAAUGGUAAAUUUGAAAUAACUCUUAAUAUAUCCCUGGAAAAAUAUUACUUUCCACCAUGCAUGUUAAAUUGCCUUGAUGUCUGUGUUUGUUUUCUUUCAGCCAAAGGUCUCUGGCCUUUCCGACAUUAUUGUUAGUACAACUCAGCCUUUAGACUCUUGUGUGUCUCUUUCUUCUGAUUUGCACAGAUCUUAGUUUGUAAAAUGUGUAUUAACUUGUUCAACUUUCUUGCAGCAAGGACAGGGCCUGUCUCUCUUUACGAACUUGAUACAAGACUUCAAGACUCUUGCUCUGGGUCCUGAGGUCUGUAAACACUCUAUACUUUUGUCAUUCUCUUGUCUUGAUGGUCUUUGAUCUUUAUCCGUAGGUCAUGGAGUUGCUCUGAAGGAUAAUCUAUGGGUUGUGCCCCCUCCCCUCUGACACCCCCAAACAUUUUUGCGUAGAAAAUAUCACCAGUCUGCUUGAAAAUGGCACUGAAAAAAGUUCAAUCUUGUAAUAUUGUGACAAAUCUUUUCGUGGUGACUUCAUCUAGGACUAAUUGCCAAAAACACUCCUUUCCUACACAUUGUCACAAAUCAAUUACUGUCCUGUUGGGCUUUUGUCACAAUUGAUCAGAGGUGCAUUGUUCCUACUGAGCUGUGCAAAGGACAUAUUGGAAAAUAAUUUGAGUUGGGUUGUUUUCUCAGUUUGGUGUCUCAGUCACCCCAUUCCCAUCCCCACAUUUCAGCUUGAUCUGCUACCUUUUUUUUCAUUCUGUUAUCUUUCUAGUCUGUAUUCAAUCUAAUGCCAAGAGUGCUUAACUCAAACUUUGUAAUUGCAAGCCAUGAUCUCCUUUGAAAUGCUUUGUACCACUUGAUUCUUGUUAAACUGAAAUUGUGAUGGUUUUUUCUUUUGUGAAGCUUGCCUAUGAUGCACAAUUUUUUUUGGCAAGUCUCUGUGAAAUAUUACUUUUCCAACUCCUUCCCCCACUUUUUAUAUAAUUUUUUCCCAGACUUGAAGUCCCUUUGUACAUUCUCUCCUGUCUUGCAAGUCUGUCCUGUAUAGCUCUCUGAAACUGCCCUUUUGAAAUUCUUCAUAAAUUCUUUUAUUAUCAUGCCAAAGAAAAAAAAUGUAAUUGCUCUCAAAUUAAAUUAUCAUGGAGCCAUAUAUGUUUUGUUGAAAAACACGCUUUAACUUCUUUGGAACUGAUGCCACUUUGGUGUGCACCUGCCUUUUUCAUAUUUUGUUCAUUUCCUUUAAUUUCAACCACCCUAUUGACGCAUUACUGCUUAUAUUGGUGCUGCACAUGACCUUCCAUCAGAUCCUAACAAUCCCUUUUGUCAUAGUAACUGCAUCUGUCAGUUAAAUUAAAACUCUUUUAUUGUGGACCUUAAACUUCAGUCUAUACACAUGACAGUGAAUUAAUGGUUAUUAAAUAAAGACUCUUUAGCUGCACAUGGUAAACCCCCUUAAAUAUUAAAAUGUUUAAAAUAUUCAAUACAUGUCAGUUUGUGUAAAUGUGAAAAUGUCAUGAAUCCUCAUGAAUAGCAUACAUCUGUUCUUGUUUGACAGUAUUGUAAGAGUUUGGAUAUUAGAGCAUAAACAUAACCAUAAACUUAAACUUUUGUAUUAUAAAAAAUAAUUAAAAUGAACUAAAUGUAAGAUAAUCAGGAUUCUGGUGUGUGUAUGUGUGUGUGUAUAGUUAAGAUCCAGAAGGAACCUUAAUUUUUUUCUAGACCUGCAUCAGUUUGUCUAGAGGUGAAUAGUCGAUAAGUUUUAUUUUUCAUUAUUUACUGAGCAGUUCACUGUGGGAGCCAUUUAAAGACUGUUAAUUGCCUUUGGCACCCUGUGAGUAAACUCAGUGCAGGAGUGUUUAUUUUUGUGUUAUGAAAUUAUCAUGAGAAUAGAAAUCCUGUAAUCUAUAUGUAAAUAUGUGUUAACUAGAGCAUCCAUGCAGCUUUUUAAUCAGCACUUGUUUAUUUGCUUUGUAAAGGAUUGGUGAGAGCAUUGAAAUAGAUAUUUCUGUUUUUAAAUGAAUUAGGGGAUUGUCAAUAAUUGCUGACUACUCACUUGGUAACUUUUUUUUUUGCUGAUUGCUACCUGUGACUUGAUGUAUGCAAGCUAGUGUUUCUAUAUCAUCAAUUAUUUACUCACCAGUAACAAUUUCUUGAAUUUAUACCCUAAAUUUUAAAGGUUUUGUGGCAAAAACAGCUUUCGAUAGUUUUUUUUAUAUUUUUGCAAUUUGUGAAAUUUAUUUUUAGCAGAAAAUUUGUCUGUUCAUGUUUAUUCAUCACUUUGUGUUUACUUUUCAAAUAACAAAAUGUUUAGAAAACCAGUGUUACUGAGUAUCUGACUGACUUUCUCUGUACAUAAGAAGCACAUGGGGGGGGUUCUACUGAACUUAACUAGAAAAACACCUUAAAUUGUUUUUGUCUGAUGAAGAUACUAUGUGUUUUGGGUUCAAGGAUAUUUUGGCAUUUUUUGUUUGGAAACUAAGACCAAGUGGGUUAAAAAAAACCUUCCAAGAAAUUGUUGUUUUAGUCAAUUGAAAGAGGCAGACUAAAAGUGAUUUAGUUUUGAGCAAUUGUAAAUACCACAGAAAUGUAAACCUGCACCAAAGCCUACUUUGAAAAGCUUUGCACCAAAGCCUACUAAUGGAACAGAUUUCUUAUGAAUAGAUAGGUUUGCAAGUUAGACUCAAUGUAAUUUACAAUAUAAAGGCAUGUGACACCUUUAGAAUUUCAGUGAAAAAUUGUAAUUAUUAUUGUUUCCCUUUGCACUUUAGUGUGCACUAAUUAGGGAAUGCAUUAUUCAAAUUGCUUUGUCUGUAAAAGCAACCAUUAAUAGUUUUCAUUGUCUAGAGUAUAAAAUGUUUACUUUGUGUCAGUGUUACACAGAUGGCAGUGGAACACUUUUGUACAAGUCAAAAAGUUUUCUUGUAAAGUGUUUUCCCUUCCAGUUGGUUUAUUUGGACUCUCUUGUGAAAAAAUAUUGAUUUGUUUGAAACAAUUUCCGUCUCUUGAUUUAUCUUUAAAUUCCCAUCAUUGACCAUCAUACAUUUUUGCAUUUUAGUUAUGAGAAUUAGGUGUUAUGUCAAGACAAGAUCCCCAAGUUCAAAAAAUAUUUGGAUUCAUGCACAGUUUGUAUUGAAUACAAUGUAUAUGCUAUAGAAGCCCUUGUGCAAUGGCAAACCUCUCUACUUUAACAUAGAAUUUAAUCUGAUUUUGUUUGACAGCAAAAAUAUGUUAAAUUACAAAGUGUACAAUCUGAAUGCUUCAGCAAAGAAUUUCUUGUGUAAAAUCUAUUUCCUCAUAUCCAUCUUUUGGUGUUUAUUUUAAAGUUCUUUCCAGUACAACCUUUCCAAGGUACUCUCUUAAAGUGCUUUUAACACUUUAACUGCCACAAUUGAUUAACAUGGAACUUCUCCCUAUAAUAACAAUCAGGUAUUGAGAAAAACUCUAACUUACUAGGUAGAAGUUGUUGUCUUGAUCUAACACUAAAUUCUCAUAACUGAUUUACAAGGAAAUAGGUAGCAGCUAGAGGGGAGAAUUAACUAUCAGAUCUCAGUGAAAGGGUUAAUGACCAAAUGUGGAACAAGGCUGUUGUAAAAAAUUUGUUGGAAGUGUGUUCCUGUAAUAUGAUGGUGGUGUUCAAUGCUCAAAACAGCUUUUUGCUUCAACUUCAGUAAUUUUCCUAAAUGCUACAUAAAAUAUCAGGAGAAGCAGUGAAAGUGAUCUUGUGCAGAAAGUAUUCUUGUUGUGUUUGUCAAAGCUGCAUGAAAGUGCAAAACUUCAAUAUAUUAGAAAAUUGCUGCACUGAACAAGAACUUAUGGGAACUUGUAAUAAUGAGGCAUCUGUGAAGAGAUUUUUAGUAAACAUGUUCCACAGUUCAUGCUAGGCUACAAUAUUUUAUUGUAAAUUUUACAUGCUGUGUGAAUGUGAAAUCUCCUUGUUAUGAAUUUAAAGAAAGGAAUGUUUGACAUUUCUGUAUGAUCCAAUCCACCUGAACCUCAGUUGGGGGCCUGAAUGCUAUUCAUUUUCAAAUGUUAAUAUCCUCUGGACUACUAAGAUUACUCUGUUCAAGGGCUUGUAUGGAGUGUGUAAUCAAAUCUAAACCAUAAUGAUUGCUGGCCUCUUCAUACCAGGACUGAGAGAUUUCAGAGAUGGGUAUGCUAAUAACACUUACAAAAACAACAUACAUGUUAAUUUACCUGCUUCAUAAUUUGAUUCUUCCAAAUAACAGUUUCUUCAUUAUUUCAUCUACUUUUCCUAAGCUUUGGUGUGUGUUUUUAUGUACUUUGUAGCCUAAUCCUAGGAUUGAACUGACUCAUAGAUCUUUAUUCUUCUCUACAAAGUUGGAUUUAAUAAAAAUAUUGUUUCAUGAUCGCACAGAAUAAUGCAAAAAUUAGUUUGACAAGCUUUGGUUUGAGAAUUCCUUCUGAUGUAGCAAUUGAAUUAUUGUAUUUUGCUCACUGAGGUUGUGACAGAAGUUAUGCAUAAUUUAUAAAAUAUUUCAACCAAAAAGUUUAUCCACAAUCAAUGUUCCUUUUGUUUCAAUGAGAUCUAUAAAGUGUUUUUAUAAUUUGUUUACAGAUCUUGGAAUUGAAAAUAUUUGCUGAGGUCAAUGUUCCUUUUGUUUCAAUAUUAAGUAAAGAUGAGAAUUGUUGAGCUCAUUAACUGAGUUUAAAAUCAUUAAUCAUCACCCUCCCCCCAAGUGUUUCUGUCAUCAAUUUGUUUACAGAUAUUAAGUAAAUUUAUAGAGAAUUGUUGAGCUCAUUAAUAUUGAUGCUGAGUUUAAAAUCAUUCAUUAAUAUUGAUGCUGAGUUUGAAAAUAUUGAUGCUGAGUUUAAAAUCAUCAAUCAUCACCCUCCCCCCAAGUGUUUUAUUGUCUCUAACUGAGAUCUGAGAGUGUUUUUUUAUUAGUUUACAGAUAUUAAGUAAAUUUUAUCAGCUAUUGAUGCUGAGUUUAAAAUCAUCAAUCAUCACCCUCCCCCCAAGUGUUUUUGUCAUCAAUUAGUUUCAUAGAGAAUUUUUCCAAUCAUCACAGCUAAACAUGUUAGUCAAUGGGACAGUUUUCUCUCUUAUUUUAAGAACAACAGCUAAUGAAAAUUUCAAUCCUCCAGGGCAAUCCUUUUACUAGUUGAAUUUCCAACAAUUCCAUACGAUUUUAGGCAGCAAUAAAAGUUACUACUGACAGGAAAUUUUACACUUUACUCCCUUAAGAGGAGGACACUGAGUUGUAGGACUCCUUUAUCGGGUUUUAACCUGACACUGAAGUAUUACUAAUACCUCCAAAAAACUUGAAUACAGAACCACAGGUAGCUGCUGGUUUUGUAAUGACAUUCAGGCUUUUUCUUGACAUGAUCUUUAAUUUUUGGAGAGAAGAGGUACCUGUUAAAGAGUUUCACUUGAUACUUCAUUCUUAAAAAUAAAUUUAUGAAUGGGUAAAUAACAUUAAAUUAGCAUAAUAAAGAACAGUAAGGCAUGAGAUAUGAAAUGACAGGUUAAUGUUGCAUACAACAGACAAAUCUAAGACCAAGGAACACUAGGGAUGGAAUCAUGGUAACAUAAUGUAGUAACAAUUUGCUGCAACAAUUUGUCUUUCUUAACAUGAAGAAGUUUCCUAAAUAUCUUUUUUUCGCUGCAAUCACAUUGGUUUGAAUUUGGGAUCAGAUCCACGCAACAAAAUUUUGUUACUGACAGCUAUAAAGAUUUCCACAAAAUUUGCCUUAACACAGGAGCAGUAGUGUUGGGGUGACUUGUCCUCACCUAAGGCUGCUGUGACUUUUUUUCAGACUACAAGCUACAUGUGGCAAGACUUUGUCAUGUGAACUUGUUGCCAAACAUGUUUUUCCCUUAACUUUCUCUUCUAAUGAUUAGAGCUAGUGGUGAUGAUAAUUUUAGUAAACAGUAAUGAACAUCAUCUGCUCAAAAUUGUUUAAAAUUAAAAAAUAUAACAUUUUGUAAAUGACUAAAUAAUUAUGAAGGAGUUGAUUAAAAAAUGUUUGCUUAUUUGCAUAAUUUAUAUUAUAAUAGUAAUUAGUUACUAGUUGAUAGUUAGUCUUUAAUGUAGUAACAUAUGAUCUGUAUAAAGUGGAAUAAUUAGGAUGAAUUAAAAUUAAAUUAAAUUAAAACAGGCCUUGGAUAAGUAUAAUUAUAAUUACCUAAAAGAUAAAACCACUCAUGUUUAGAUCAAAUACUAAAUAAAAUGUACAAUGAUUUGAAAUAAUUGGCGUAACAUAAAUGAUAAAUUAAACAAUUUAAAAAUGUAAUCCAACACUUUUUAUGAUAAAAUCUGCUUACGUUAUGCUAGAUAUCUUUUUUUCAAUAUGCAGUAAAUGAUAAAUCAAACUCGCUAAUAAAUGUAAAUUACUAGGUUUUAUGUAAGUUUAAUAUAGCUCAUGAUAAUUAAAUGAAUUAUAAUAUUGACAUGCACGUUUUUUAAAGCCAUUUUAUUUAAUUUUGAUGUCAUUCACAAUUAACUUUUUCUAUUAACUUUUGCUUUGGCUCAGAUUUUAAAUGAACAUUUGAAUUUUUUUAAAAGUUAGAAAGGGACAAAUAUUAUUUUGUCACCCAAGCUUGAAUGAAAUCACCAUUCAAUGAUUGAUUUAUUGAAAUACCUUUAAACUGGGUUGUAAAUGGAGUUCACAUACUUUAUGGUAAGACGUUCAGGAUUUUAUACAAAUUUUAAAAAUUAUAAAGUAGAAAAAAUUCAACUGUGAGAAGGUAAGUUGAAUUUAUUUCAUGGAUUAACUGAAAGAGGUGUUAGUGUGAUAGAGUUCUUGAGUCUUACUGGUGCCAUUUGACGCAUGAAGUCUGGCUAUAUCAGAUAAAUAAGGCUAGGCCAGAUAGAAAGUAAAGCUAACUGGGUUAAAACUGUUUAUUGCAGCCCCACUCCUCUCUCUUAUUGGGAUUGGUACAUGAGGAAGUAUCCGGUGUAAUUGGUGUUACUCCAUUAGUUUAGAAAUCUGCCAGAGAGAGGAAUCCUGCAAAAAAGGGCUGCAAUUAAGCACCCUUUAGAAUUAAAAGAACUGGUAGAAUAAUAUGGGUUAUGUAGUAAGACAGUGAAAGUGUUCUUUGAAAUGAAACUGAGGCAAAUACUCUUUGAUUUCAGGUGUCAUGGGUGUGUCUUGUGUGCCAGAAGAAGCAGGAGAUGCUCACUAAAACUGGUAACUGGUUUGGACCUGCAAUAACUGCCAAUGAAAAUAAACCAAGCAAUGACUCAGACUUAAAAUUAAGUGAGUUUAGAGCAAUUCCAACAGAAGAAGAUAAACGAGCUAUGAGGCGACAAGGUUCCUUACACAGAUCUGAUUCUGGCAGGGGUAGUGGGAGAAGGACAAAAGGGAAGGAUGGUGAACGAAAUUGGUUUCGCAGGCCAUCAGUUUCUGAUGAGGAGGUGGAUUCACUACAUGAGACACCCCCUGGGAGCCCUGCUUACUUAAGUGAUGAUGAGUUGUACAGACCAGAUGAAAAUAAAGUACGACGAAAAGUUGUAAAAUUCAAGGGACAUGAAGAGUUAGAUCAUGCUCCUCAUGGCCGUGCUGCUGGUGGAAUGCCAAACAUGCAAAGGGCCGGCCCCAUGAAUCAAGGAGCAGGAAGAGGACUGGCAGUGCCUGGUCAAGCUCAAGGAAUUAGAUCAGGACAACCUCAACAACCCCAGGGACCAGGUGUCAGACCUGGUGUUCCCCCAGGGGGACCUCACGGUAGAGGAAUGCAUGGUCCAGUAUCUCAACCAGGAAUGCACCCCAACUUUCCCCCUCAGCAACAGAAUUCAAGCUUUACUCCAGUGGGACAUCCAGGAACCUCUCCUGCUGUACGAGGAGCUCUGCCAGCUUCUCAGCAGCAGGGUCCCAGGGGAGCUGUCGCUCCAAAUCAACCUAGACCUGGUUUUGGAAUGAGAGGGCCUCAUCAGCAGCCAAGAUUUCCAGCACCCCAACAACAAGCUGCAGGUGGUUAUGGCAGAGCAGCACCCCCUGGAAGCCAACCUGGAGUUCCCUUUCCAGGACAGGUUGAUGGGAAACCUGGUCAUGGAAGAGGGGUCCCACCUGGCACCCAACCUGGCAACCAUUUAGGUCCAAGGCCAGGAGGACCAGCUGUUGGGCAUCCAUCAAUGGACAAUAGGCCAAGACAGCCAGGAAGUUUCCCUCCAAAUCAUGUAGGAGGCCCUCACCCAGUGCAAGGUAGCCCAAGACCUGGUGACCGCAUGGGACCCCAGCAUAGUCCAAGAGCAGGUGCACCACCGGGAGUGACUCAGAUGGGGCCUAGGAUGAUUGUUGGUGGGCAACCACGUCAUGGAAUGCCAGCUGGUCAACAGGGUGGCCAGCCUCAGCAUCCAGGCCAGUUAGGCUCACCACGCCUAAAUUUGGGCCCUGAUCCAGCAAAAAUGCAGUCAGCGUCACUAAGGCAAGGACCUCCUCUGGAUCAACAUCCUAAAGGCCCGACUGGCUCUCCUUUAAUGGGACCUGAUCAAAUGAGAGGUCCAAUGAGCUCACCAAGGCUAGGUACUCCUAGAAACCAUGUAGGGGCACCCCAGCAAGGUCCAUAUCCAGAGCAAGGAAGGGGCAAAGUAGAUGGUAUGCCUGACCAAACAAGGGGGCGAAUGGGACCAUCUCCACAGGAGCCAAGAUUAGAACAGCAACCAAGAGGGCCCUAUGGAAAUCAACCACAGGGCUCUCCUUUGGACCCCUCUAGAGGGCAGUAUGGACCUGCACAACCAGGUCAUCCUAUGGAACAAGGAAAGCCAAGGGCUAGCUCUGUUGAUAAAGGUCCAAUGUUAGAUCAGUCAGGAAGGCAACAUUUGCCUGAUUCUAGAAAUGGAUAUAGUCCUGAGGCGCAGAAUGUUGGAACUCACAGGUUUCCAGAUCAGCAUGGUCAAGGUGCACAACAAAAGUCUGACAGCAGAAACGGCCAGAUACAUGAUAGCUCCAUGAUGAAUGGAAGGGUGGGACCUGCCCUCUCCAACAGGCAGGAGAGAGUGGAGCUGAGACCUGUUGCUGGUGAUUCUAAUCAGCACGGCAUGCUGGGGCAGUCACCCAAACGAACAGAUAGACCUGGAUAUCGAGAUGGCGUCAGAUCAUUUGAUGAGGAGCCUGAUGGCAGAAGAAGCCCACCAAGGAGCAUGUCACUUGAUGAGACAAGAGACAAGGUAAGCUUCCUGACAUACGUAAAAAUUUUGAAGAGCUCCAAUCAGACUUGCUUUGCUUUGAUGGUGAAGUUGUAGUUCAAACAGAUUUACCACCACAACAAAUUUUUAAAAAGCUGAAUUAGAAUUUUACUAUAAUUUGCCCUUUUUCAGAGCAAAGAAAAUGCUUCAACUAUUUCCUAGGAUGCUUGAACAAUCAAAAUAUCUGCCACAGAAACUUGCCAUAGUCCUGUGUACUAUCCUCAAUAACUAAACUAUACAGUGGUCCACUCAUGUCACUUCACUUAUUUUUAGUGUUGUGUUCUAAAUGACUCAAUGCAUCAGGCAAUGGCUCAUAGGAUCUUAUUUAGCAAUAGUGAGCAAGAAUUUGGAACUUUUCUAGAAAUUCUUGUUGUAGUAUAGCACCAAAUAUUUGGGCAGUAUAACCCAGCAAUCAAACAAGCAAGCUUUUUGAAGGUUGCUCUGUAUGAAAUAACUUUUGUCAGAGUUGACACAAUAGCAAAGUUUCAAUAAGUCUUUGAUAAUAAUGUGUUGUGCAGAUGUUCUGUGUACAAUGGUUUUCUUCAUUGUAUUUGGUAGGCUGCAAAAUUAAGUUAAGUUGACAUAAUCACUACAAAUGUGACAUUCAAGAAGAGUUCAAGCUAUCACUUUUUGCUAUCAUUUCACCUCCAACUGAGAAGAAGGAAGUGAAAAAUACUUUACUGGUCACUUUCCUAAACAUAUAUUUUCACAAGAAUUUGGAGUUCUGUUGUUUUUUCUCUGUGGGAAAGUUAUGAAACAUCAUAGAAAUUAGACCCAGAGAUAUACAUUAUGGAUCUGACCCUCUGGCUUAAAAUCAAAUUCAUGAUAAAGAAGUUGCAGUUUAUCUACCAAUGUUUGUGUUACUUUGAUUUUUAGAAAGCUUUCUUGCGUCAUCCUCUAAAAUCUUGUAGUUAUUAUUUCAUAGUAUUUUUGGUGUGAGGUUAGAAUUUGUCAUCAUGAUACAAAGUUUUUCUACCAUCUCAAGUAAAUCCCUGUCCACACUCGUUUUACAUCCAUUUCUAUAUUUAUUACAACAGUUUAUUUGUAUGUUUCUGUAUCAAAAUUUUCUUACCAUUUAUUAUAAAAAUAUCAUUUACUUUUGAGAAGCGAAUCCUGUGCUUGCCACCUCUACUUGUUUUUAUUCCUUUGUACACAAAUGUACACUCUCUCGAUAAAUUUACAUGAAUAUUUAUCUUUCAAGAAGCAAUUUAGGCCAAAUCCUUAUUCUUAAUUUAUAUUUCACUAAAAAUAAUUUUUCCGAACCAGAGAUAUUUUAUUUGUGAUGAAAUACAAGAGUUAAUAAAUGAUAUUCUGCAAAUAACUCUUGUAUCUCUCAUAUCAAACAACAUUUAAAUUUGAUUUCAGAAGACAAAAAUUGUUUUAUUUUUUGUUGAAAGCUAUGGAGCCUCACUUAAGAAAUAUGUACUGCUUUUGAAGAUAAAAUUUUACCCAAGAAAAGCAUUAGCUGAAGGAUUUUUCUCAUUCAAUUUUGACCCCUAAAUUGUUUGCAAAUUUUGAAGAAAUUAAAUCACUUUGCUGUGAUAAAUAUUUUAUUUUCUGUGGCAUUCUUUCAAGAUCAGCUUGCUGGAUUAUGAUAAAAAAAAUUAUCAAUACAUGUAAUUAAGUUAUUCUUCAAAUUAACAUUCAAAAACGUGCAAGUAUGAAUUAUUUAUGACCUUCAAUGCAGCAGACUUCUGUUGGAUGGCUCUGAUCUCAGUGUUUAUUAGAUUUAAUUCCAUCCUCUUUCAGAAUGUUUCUGGUAGGAAUAAUAUCUUAAAUAAUUGUUUGUUGAAUGUAUAGUAAUUUCUUUUGUGGCUGAUACAGCAUGCAAAUUUUAGUGUUUUUGAGAGGAUCUUGAAGCUUUGAGCUGACUUUUGUUUGUUCGGUUCCCCACAGAGUAACUUGUUCUUUAAAGAUGAGCCACCUUCAAUACAGGAUCGAGAGUCUUUGGGAGACAGAUUUGUCAGUGCUCUUUCUAUUAAGAAAUCUGCUCCCUCUACUGCCACUUCUUCUUCUUCUUCUCCUUCUGUGUCCAUGACACCUUCUGCUGUUGUCAGUAACCUUGUCAGCUCUGUCAAGAAAUCUGAAAUCAUUCCUGCUGUUGAGACCAACACAGACCCCUUGCAGGUUUGAUGUUGAAUUAUCUGCUUCUGGCAAUUAUUAGAAUUUUAUUUAAUUUAUUCUCCCACUGAUGUGUGAUUAAUUCACAAAAUCUUUUUCAUUGCUGAUCAGCUUGAAAGGGAGUGUAGUUACAAGUACAUGUGCAUCUUACAAGUUUUCAUCAUUUUUAUUCCUACAAAUGAGGAAUAAAACUUAUGAAGCUCAUUCUCUUUGUACAGUGUAUGUGUUCAUUACCUCUACUAUAGGCAGUAAGCUCUGUAAUGCAUGAGGUGGAGUAAAAUUAUCUCCCAGGCUGUCAUGAUGAGGGUAAAGCCCUGCACUUUGCAGUACAUCAAGCAAAAAAUAAAUAACUAGAUAUGAAAAAAACAGAAAAAUGAAACAGUGAGGUUACGUCAUGUCCUUGACCAAUAAAUUCACUUACCCUGAUUGUGACUUAAGUUUUCAAUUUUUCUGCAGUUCUAAUUAUUGAACAACAUGGUUUCCACAGCAAGGAAUUCCAUCAUAUGGUUUCCUUUGGUAAAUUGGAUUAGUUUGAUGAAAUGAUUUGUGGGACGUCAGAAUAUUUUUUGAACUUUCUUUGUUUUUUCACUGAGUUGAGUCCAGUACAAAAAAGUUUUGAAUUCAUGUGAUUGUUGCAUGAAAAAUUGCUUGAUAAAUAUUUGACAUCUUUUUAUAAAAAUUGUCUGUUAUCUACAUGCAUGGCAGUUUGACCAAUUGAUUUCCUUUAAAUAUAUCUUUUUAUACAUGUAAGCAGAAAGUGCUGUGAUGUGCUUUGUGCAGAUAAGUCUGAUGUGAGCUUCAUUAAUAAGUACAUUUGUCACAUCCACAAAGGGAAACAGUGACAGAGAAAAAGCAAACUAAAAGAGAAAUAUUAGCAGAUUUUGUUGUGAAGUUCAAAUGUAUUAUUAGAUAUUGCUAUAACUCUUCCCAGUGGGGGACUGUUGGUCAGUGCACUGUACUCUGGGUUGAGAAGCCUGGGUUCAAGUCCUGGCUGGAUCAUUAAGUUGUGUUCUUGGGCAAGACAUGGGCAAGACUCUCAACUCUCACAGUGCUCCUCUCCACCCAGGAGUAUACAUGAGUGCUAGUGAACUAUCAGACAAGCCUGAUUAGUGCUUCAGGUCACUUCAUGCCACAGAAACUAGGAUAACCUCCAGCCAGUUUAGCCAUGUCUCCUUCGCUAGCUUAACCAGUCUUUCAGCUUUUUCUAUGCAUACACCUCUGCUCGAAGAAGUGUCAAUAAUCCUUGUGACUCCAUGCCAUAGAACUCUGGGUAUAAUCUUGGACAGGAAAAAGCUAGUAUAGUAAACCUAAUUAAGUAGUUUCUUGGAAGAUCAGCCUCUAGGCUCCAUUUCCAACAUUUUCCUUCAUCAGUCUUUGAUCCUCUAGAAAAGGAACUAAGAGUGUAGGCUCAUUUCCUGAACAAUGGCUGGUAAUGGAGAUAAGUCAGCUUCAUGAGAUUAAUUUUACCCUUGUGGGAAAGAUUUUAGUCCUGUUUUUGCAGCAGAAUCAAUUUGACAUCCUUUCCUUUUUCAUUUUCAGACCUUUGUUAAGUGGUCUGCUCCUGACGAAGAUAACAAGUGUUUAGGCGAAGUGCUGCUGACAAUAGACCCAAAAUACAAGGGCUCAUCAACUGGUAACGUGAUUUUUUUUCUUAUCAACCUUUUAUCCCUAGAAGUGACUAGCAUCUAAUUUCUCCCAACAGUGUCAACCCAGAAUCACAUAUUAAGGUCACAAGAAUGAAGUGAAUGAUCACCCACCAAGGAAGCUCUUGAUUGUUAAACAAAUUCUCCUUGUUAGCGCCUCACGAAAUGUAUAGAGAGCAUGAAUAUGCGUACUGAUGUUGGGUGAUGGGUGUUUCAGAUCCGUACAGUGCAUAUGGGCUUAAGGUGAUUGGUGGAAAGAUGACAGAUGAUGGGAAACUGGGAGCUUUUAUCACUGAGAUACGAAAGGGAGGUCCAGCUGAGAGACAAGCCAAGCUUCAAAUUGGUAAUGACUUGAGUUAUUUUGCUCUGUGGUAGACUGGAAGAGAGAAAUUCAGACUGAUGGAAAAAGUGAACAAAUGUCAGGAAAAUUAGUCUUUUGGACCACGGAUGGACUGAUCAAUCAAUUGACUUAUUGACAGAGACAUAGACAAAUUGACGGACAAGCAGACAAUUAUUUUUCCGUUUUGUCUAUGUUUAUCAAUAUGUCGGUCUGUUAGUUUAAAUGUCUACCUGCCUCUGUCUGUUAUAUCUGUGUGUCUGUUAUCCUGUCUCUUCCCCCUGCCAAUAUGGCUUGCAGUCUGUGUAUCUGUCUUGCAGUCUAUCGGUCCAUUUUUUCUGGCAGUCCGUCUGUCUGGUAGUAUGUGAGACAGUCCAUCUGUCUGUCUGUCUGGCAGUCUCUGUUGCCUGUCUUUCAGUCUUUAUGUUAGCCUAACGCUCGAAACGUCAGUUUUUAAACUCUUCACGGAGGCCAAUUUACGAUAUCAACUCUGUCGGUAAUAAUAUAUUACCCUGUUAUACUCUCCCACCGACGCAGCACCACAGUUUUUGUCUGUCUUUCUGUCUUCUAGUUACCUCUUUCGUCGUUCUGUCGGUUUUCGACGCGAAAUGCUUAUAAACUAUCGAUAACUGGUGUUUUCUCUGGCUAGCAUUUUCUAUCUGGUAGCCAGCUCCUUGCUAUUAACUAAAGGUGGUGUCUUACACAGGUGAUGAAAUUCAGGACUGGAAUGAACAGUCUUUGGUGGACUGCACGUUUGAGGAAGUAGUGGAAAUUAUCAACUCAUCCAUGGAGGACAAUCAAGAUAGCAACGAACUUCACCUCAUCGUGUGUAGAGAUAAGUGAGUGAUCAAUACACACAAAUUCUCAUUACCUAGUUAUUUCAUAAUCAGGGAGAACGGUAGUGAGAAUGGGGAAAAUGAUCAGGGAGGGAUUUUUUAAUUCUGAAAGAACACGAAAUCCUUCCCCUCCCUACAUAAAAAUAUGAUUUUUGGUUGGGAGGGGAAGGAGUUUUUGAGAAUACUCAUAAAUGGUAGGAUUUUCUUGAAAUUUUUUCCCCUAGGAGUAAAUUUCCAGCUAGGACCUCCCAGUCACCCGACAAGUCACCACGGGGACAAGAACAAAAGAGGGAAUCUCCCAAGCAGGUCCCUACCAGAGAGUCCCCCGUAAAAAGGGACCGGAUGUCCCCAUCUGCAGCUCCAAUGUCACUUCAACAGGACAGAAAGCCACCGGAUAGCAGAAGAGAAGAGACCACAGUAAUACCAACACAGAGGGAGAAUGGGCUUAUGUCUACUGGUAGAAGUCAGUCGUCUUCGUACGAGCCCCCAGCAGGUUUGAAACAUUGUUAUUCUUUCCUCGCCUUGUCUUUUCCCGUUAAAUUCUUUCAUUUUGUGAAUCUAACAACUAAGCAAAGUCUUGACUAAUCUCAAAUCUGGUUAUAUUUCUACUUCUCUGAAAAUCGAGUCGGUGAGACUCGAAGACGAAUUCAACAUUGGAUACGAGAUUUCACUGCAAGUACUUCGUGAAAUGAAUAAAAAAUGUGUAGAUUCCAUGCCUUAUUUUAUGUCUUUAAUCCUUGAACUCCUACAAGUGACCAAGACAGAACUUCUCCUUACAAUAUCAAUACAUUAUCAACCAGAUAAGUGAUGAGAAUGAAGAAAAAUAUCAGUUAGAGGAUUGGUGAUGAAUACCAAAUUCUCCGAACUAACGUCUUAAGAAUUGUAUGGCAGACAGUAAGGAGAAUGACUCGAGAUCUUGGGGUUGAAAGGAUCAGUCAUUUUAUGUAUUUGUUUUUAUCGAAAACAAUAAAGCCCUUUCUGGUUGGAAAAACAAAAGAAUUCUCUAACUUUAAAAAACCUUGUCGGCUUUUUUUGCAGAAAGCAAAAUUGAUUAUUCAGUAACGAGAUCCCAUUAAAACUUUUCCCGCCAAGAUGAGGCGGGUACAAACUCGCGCAUGAGCAGAUAUGCACUUUUCACUAUUGAGAAACAUUAUUUUACAGUCUUCAGCUGUUUGAUCAUGCUUACUGUUGAUAACAGGAUCCACCUAGUUUUUUUUUCCGUCGAUGUUUGGAGAACAUUUCGCACAAUUUUGUCUCUCUUUUUUUACAGAUGACGAUUUUUUCUUUGGUGGCGGUCCUUUACCGGAUGAAAAAUCCAACAAGUCUGUGAAACAAACUGGUGCCGGACAAGGACAAGGACAAGGACAAGGACAAGGACAAGGACAAGGAAAAGGAGCAAGAGUUACAGGUCGUCUACAGGUACGUGUGGUUCCGUGGCUUUAGGAGUCGUUGUGAAGAGCGCAGGCCUAUUUUUGUUUAGUGCGGAUGCGAGUCAGGAAAACCGUGUCUAGUGCAACACAGCGGUCAAACGUUGAGCAUGCGCAAGGGGAUCAAGGGCGCCAAGGGCCUCGCGCCAAUUUCCCGCACAAAUUCCUUUUUUGCAGAAAACUUGAGAAACAACCGCUGUCUUGCAGAAUAUGCAAAAGAUAUGCCCGGAAAACGUUCUUAGACAUCUGGAAAAUGAAACAAAAGUAGGGGAAAAAGGAAAACUUAAGACUUUCCGUGGAGAAAGCCUAUGUAAUCCUACUCAAGUCUACAUCUUUCUCGACGGUUUUUCCCAACCAUAAUUUUUUAAUAUAACGCUGCAUCCUUUUGUUUUUAGUUGAAACUGUUCUAUGAUGAAGAUGCUGCAAACUUGAACGUGACAGUUGUGGGAGCUGAAGGCCUGGCUCCUAAAGAGACCACCACACCACCUAACCCUUAUAUUAGGAUUUACUUUCUUCCUGAUAAGAGGUAUACUGUCAUAUGCUGUCAUAUUCUGUUAUGCACCUUUAUGAAUUGCGCCCAGGCCACUGACGGAGCCUCUGGCUGCUUCUUAUAAAUUACUAGCGCUGCAAGACGUGCGUUUCUUCGUCGCCGGGAAUAAUUUAGUCGAGCCGGGGAGAGAUUUGCCAAAGGAUUUGGCAUUAAUAGUGCUAAACCCCUUGCAGAGUUCUCGCCGACUCUCGUUACUGAAUGCCUCGUACUUUCCCGCGGGCGAAAAAACGCUCGUGCAGAAGUGCUAAUAAUGAAGGCUUUUUGCUGGCUGUUGAUAAAAAAUUGAUGAGAUAUCUUUCAGCGAAUUUCAUCAGUAACAGUAUAUGUAUACACUUUGCAGCAUGCAGAGCAAAAGACGAACAAAGACAGCGAUGAAAUCUUUCAAUCCCAAAUGGAAUCAGACGUUUGUUUAUCCGUGCCGGCCACAGAAGGUAAAUUCCCCAUCAAUUGUUGUCAUGUGGAAAACAUAUAACAAUUUUUCCAGUUCUGUUUUAAGUUUUGAAACUCUACGAUGGCCAAUUUACGUUAUCAACUCAGUUGAUAAUACUAAACUACUCUUGUAAGAUAGUUGAGAUUCUUAAACCCUUUCUACCCUGACAUCAGUUUGCAUCUUCUCCACACUUUCCCCAUACAUUUCUUAUAGUACUGACAAGGAGAAUUUGUUUAACAAUCAAGAGGUUUUUAAGUUGGUGAUUGUUUCCUUUAUUCUCGUGAGCUCAAUAUGUGUUUCAGGUGUGAUACUGUAAGGAGAAGUUAGCUGCCAGUCACUCCAAGGGCUUGAAGGGUUAACUGAUUCUGUCGCUCAACGCCUCAAAGAUCUUUUAGGGUGUUCGAUGUCCUCUAAGACAUUUUCUUAAAGAGUUUUUCUAGACGGAAAUUUUUUUUUUCUCUUUGCAGUUCAGUGGCCGUGCUCUCGAAGUGACCGUAUGGGAUUAUGAUAAAGUUGGCUCAAGCGAGUUUAUUGGCGAGGUAUGAGAUAGUAUUUUGAGUAUUAAUUGCUCUCUCAGCAGUAAAAUGUGUUUCGUGUCUGUCCAAUUUAUAGUCUUCGUUUGCUGAAACAUAUCGUUAUUAAAUUCAACAAAGUGCUCUAAACUCAAAUCAUAAAUGACCUUAUGUUCAUGUCUGUCAAUCUCGACACAGGUUGUUUUGAGCAUGGCUGAGGCAAACCUCGAUGGUAACGGGUACUGGUACCCACUCAAGAACCACGAAGACGACAAUGAUCCUUUGGUGCCGCCCACUCCUAACCAGUCUCCUCACAACUCAUUCAGAUUUAAAGGAGCGAGAGGAGCUGGGGAGCCAGUAAGCGAUCAAGGUAUGACAUAAUAAGCGCAGGCCAAACAAUUGCGCAGAUAUAUGGAAAGCUCUUUUCGUAUUUUUGUCAUGUGCAGCGGUACUAAUCAUUUUCUUUUCCUCUCCCUCAGCUGGUCCGACCGGUUAUGGAAGCGAUUACGAGGAAGAGUCGAGAUAUACUCCAAAUGGACCGGUAACUAGUUCCCAGCCUCCGUUUCAGUCACCCGAGAAUGACCUGCUGAAGCAACAGUUGAUUGAUCAUCACCGAGACAGUCCCAGACCUCCGUUCGUCCAACAACAGAUGGUGCAAGGUAGGACAGAGAUUUAAGCGCGUAAUUUGCGUAUAAUCAACGCAGUACUGCCCACUGUUAAUCGUGACUCGACUGCUCGAAACACGAACAUAAUUUAGAAUUUUCCAGGACAGGUUCAGAUUUGUUGGGAAAGUAAACUUUUUUAGUAAGAAACUAAAAAACAGUUUCCUUGACGUAUUUAGCUUAAAAAAGUAACUUUUUAAAUCAUCAGAAUCAAGCCAUUAACGUAAGUCGUUUUUCUGAAGUUGAAUUAAACUCUCACUUUGUACCACAAUUAAUUAAACGAACCUAACCAUAAUUUUAUAAGCUGUAAACUGUCCAAUUGUUCAUCAACCACUGCAGUAUGUCGAUUUAAAAGAAAGAGUACUAGUUGUUUCUUCAAAAGUAACGCAAGGAAGGUCCUCGGUUUCCUAACGUUUUCCUGCAUGUUCUAAUCUUCGUAUAAACUUCACUUCAAGCGUACACUGCCAAGCCAUACCAUACGUCACCAAAUCAUCCGUCCCAGUCUCCUCAGCCAGGUUCUAGCUACCCCCAUUAUGCCGCUGACCCCAACAGAAUGCUGGCGCAACAGACUAGACCAAUGCCUCACCAACAUGGACCUGGUCGCUUUCACGACGAUCGCAUGUCCCCGAGUAUACAUGGUUAUAUUUCCCCCGGAACGUAUUCCCCUGGUAGAAUGUCCCCUAGCGGAGGCCCCGGGGCUAAAAAGUCCCGCAUGUUGCCUCAAUUGCCGCCAGGACGCGAACCUAUGGGUAAGCUGACUGAAAAACACCACAGCAAGCAUCACUCACUUUUCCACAGCACAGAUAUCUACGCUACACUACAUUGCACUUUGACCUUAAAGAUAAAUAUGUAAAAGUUUUAAGAUUAUUUGUGGAAACUGUAAUUGAACACGGUCUGACUCUGUUGGGAUCGACCAAGCGCGGGUGGCCCUGAAGGAGACUGUUCUCGGUGGCAGUUAACUUUACUAAAGUUUCGACAGCCGGAGCGAGGUCAUUGUUAGGUUUUCGAAACGUCUUCCGUUGUCACCGAGAGCUGUUCUUUCCUGGAUUUCCCGCAAGCGGACGACCACACAACAAUUUAUGCUGUCACUCCGUGAUUCAAACCUUGUAUUGGAUAAAAAUUUUUCUCGAAAUUUUGCCUUGAAAAACUAUAUACAGCACUAUUCCUACUCUGACUAUCUUAAAAAAAAGUUUGCAUGAAGUAACCACGAAUGUUUUGGUUGUAAUGCUUGCCGUCCGCAGCAAUUGAUAAGACAUUUAGGCUUGCAACAAACUACACAUAACCUCGGUUGUCAGGAGAUGGUGUUGAAAUAUACAUGUUACUGUUGACCGAUAAGAGAAAACGAGUUUGGCGUAUACUCUUAACAACAGUUGACUCGAGUCUUAUGUCAUACUUUCAACACAAGUUCGUUCAAAAAUUGUUAUAACCAUGCUCUCUUCAAGAGAGAAAUGCAUAAACUUAAGUCUUAAAACAACUGGUUAACUUUCCCAAUAAUCACAACUAAUAAGUUAAAACAAAUGUAAUUUCUGAGAUAAAGCCGUUUUAACCACAGACGAAGAAGAGCGGGCCCGAGCUGUUAAACAGAAAUUAAAAGAUGUCGACCCUGCUAGGGCUAAACUAGUCGUUGGCGGCGCUAAAGGCCGGAUGGGAUAUGGCCAGGCCCCAGACGCCGUGUAUGCGCAAAACGAGGGAAUGUUUGAUCCGGGCAUGUCCCCGCGACCUGGGCGCCAGUCUCCGAGGCCUAUGGCCCGAACGGGGAGUCCGUCGCCCUUACCAGGGCAUAAGCAUUCUUUGGGGAUGCCCCCGCAUCAUCAGGGGCCACACACUCCUCAAGGUAACAUUCGCUGAUGUAAUACUUAAAUCUCGCGAAUAAAUUAAUAUAAAUUAAUAUCAUUAAGUUUAGUGAAGUGAAUGACUCAUAGUAUAAAAAUUAUAAUUAAUUUAUUAAUUAGUUAAUUAAGUAAAUUCUAAUGCGAAUUUAAGCAGCUUUGACUUGAUUCGUAUACUUUUCAACUCAAUAUAACGACAAUUACAUACGAAAGAAAAAAAAUUGAAAAUAAACUCCAAAGAGUCAAAUAGUGUUUAAGUUUCACCAAAAGUGUUUAUGGAGAUCCCUUAAAAGAGGAACGUAAGAGACGUUAAACAUCCAUCAUCAGUUUGUUUAAAUUUUGCAAGCCAUUGCCACUCAGACGGUUGUAGAUAAAAUUCUUUGAUAAUCUGAAAGUGUAUUGCUAAGUUUAAUUUUUUUAAUAAGUUAUGUUUAGAAAUAAGGGAAAAAUAACAGAGAUCUAAAUUUUCUGUGGUAACUUUUGCUUUCUAGUGCUCGAACAAGAGAUCGCCUGUUUUAAAUUCUAAUCAUGCUAUAUUGCUAUUGUAGACCGCAUGUAUUCACCUGAUAUGCCACCGCAUGACCAUGGAGUACCGUAUGAAAGUCACAGACGACCCCGUGAGUUCAUUCAUUAAUCACUCAAACAUCAAACAUAAAACAAUUCUAAACCAUUGACAUUGUUUGUCAUCUUAACUUUGCUUACACGUUACGCAAUGAAAUAGCAAUAUAAACUUGUUAACUAGGCCUGGUCACACAUGAAAAUUCUGGGUCCAGUCUCCGAGGCCCAUGGCCAGAACGGGGAGUCCGUCGCCCUUACCAGGGCAUAAGCACUCGACCAGUCGUUCAAAAAGCAAAUAACACUAUCCAGCGGAUAAGUGUUAACAAGAAAUACUGCGCUAUCAACCGGAUAAAGAUUUAUCCAGUGGACAGCGGUAUCCACCUUUCGAACUACCGGUCCCUGUACUAUAAACUCAACUUUGCUCUUUUUAGCUUACGAGCAUGCACUCAUUAUCAGCGCUUCAGCACGUGCGUUUCUACGCUCGUUGGAAAGUAUGAGGCUUUGAGCAAAGCGGUGAGAAGUCUGCACGGGGUCUGGCACUGGCAUUUUUAGUGCCAAACCCCCGGAAACCUCUCUGCGACUCAACUCAAAUCUUCUCGCAGGCGGAGAAAGGCGCGUUCUGCGGCGCUAAUAAUGAGGGCGUGGUCGCAAGCUAUUUUUUAUUUUGAUCAACUACGUUUCUGGGAUAAAGUAAAUGUUAAACGUGGAGAAUUCCUAACCUUAAACGUGAACUUAAACGAAUCAUGAUGCUGACAAGAGUCUAGAUAUUAAACAUGUGGUAGACUUACCUACCUCUCACACUUCUUUCACAGUUGAUUUUCAAUGCCGACGUUCAUUUUUUCGUUGUUUUUCCUCACCUACUAAACAUCCGCUAUCAAAAAGUACCACUUUGCAGCCAAUGGUCUUACUUCGCCUACAUUUUCAGACGAUGAAACUCCUUAUUCACUGCAUAUCGAUGAGUAUCUGAGUUUCAAUAGAAAAAGAAAAUAACAGCUAUCGAAUGAGGACAACGACCUUUCCCUCCACGUACGUCUUACUUCCACACGCGCGUCUCCCCAGAACGCGCGAGAACAAAUGUGCUCGCUCUACAUGCCUGUUUCCUUCUUCUCACGCGCUCCCCUGAAAACACGCGCGCUGUUGGCGAGAGGAAGCUAGCUUUCUACAUAUUUUCAUUCGUUCUUGUCGACAGAAGACGGAAGGCGGCGCCGCAACAGUUUAAGCAACUUGCCAAACCUUGAUUCGGAAGGCGAGAGGCCUAGAAGUCCAUUUCCAAUCCCAAGUCCAGUCCCUCUUGGUCAUGGCAGAAGUCAGAGCAGCUCAAGCUUACACGAUAAAGAUCGCGGGCUCCCAAACGGUGAGUUGCCGUUAAAGUGAAAAAUUCUCAGUUUGUCUUUUGUCAUGCUAUGUCUAAUCAGUACACGAGCGCAUUUGUCGAGAAAUUUUUUGCCAAUACUACAGCACGAAACCUUACCAACGACGCUUGCUAGAUUUAAUUCACAUAUGUGGAAUUACCAUGAAACCUCCAAAAUGUCUUAAUUCAGAGAACUUCGCAAGUUACCUACUCCAGCAUAUUUCGUCCCUAGCAAGUUUUUUCUGAACAAGCCUCCUUGUUCAAAAAUGACUUGAUAGAGGAUAAGAGGACUUUGGGAAGGAAGACUAGUCAUAUUUUCCCACAUAAGCGCUAGGGAAAAGUUUUGCAAUGAAAACUUCUCAGUGUAAACAUACCACGGUCAGUUUUGAGGGGGUUAAGUCACUUUCUCUUGGCUUGUCUCUGUUUCUGCUUAUAUGUAUCUCUACAUGUAACGUUUAAUAUCUUGGUCAGUGCAGAGAUAUUGAUCAAACAAUCUUCUUUUUGCUUCAAAUGCUAACACUAACCGUUCUUGCUGAGUUAAAGGUGAGUUCAGUCUUCUAUACUUUGACUUUUCUUUCCUUGCUUUUGGCGUAAUAAUAUUUCUUUGUAUCCUUGUACCACUUUGUAAUGUAAACAUACUGACAAGUUUUUCCUCACUCCUCUCCUCCACAGGCAAACUGCUGGCUCGUGAAGAAGCUCGUUCCGGCAGUCUAAAUAAUCUUCAUGUCUUCCCUACAGGCGGUUACAUCAAGCCAUCCCGCGGGACGGGACGUAGCGAGAGUUUCGGCGGAAGUGGGAGGAGUAGUCGGUCGUCAUCUAUAGCAAGUGACAGGAGCGGAAGUUUGAACAGUAUACCAGGCUCGGUUACUAGUGUCGAGAGUAGGUAAGUGCCACUGACUUAUGUCUGCAGGCUCGGGUUGUGCCAUUUUCGUGAUUUUAGCCUAGUUAUAUCUUUUUUUUAACUUAAGACGGACACAGGUUUUUCUCUCUCCCACGCACGCUAUAAAUAUUUUAUAUCUUUCUUAAAAUUCUUACUGAUUUCCAUAAGAUAGGUCAAACUUGAAAAUCUGUGUGUUAAUUUUUUUCUUAAAAGAAGGAAAUCCCAUUUUUUCGGCUAUGUUGUUUUUCAGUCUCGUUUAUCACUCGCUUUAUCAGGUGAUAUAAUUUCUUUUUCAUUAAAUUUGAAACUCGUCAGCUCUUUACGGUAGUAAUAAAUAACGAAUGAGAAAAUCAAGUUACAAUUUGUGAGUGCAUGGUUUUCACUUAACACCUGAAGUGGACGAAAUUGAUUUGGUGUAAAAAGAAGCCCGCAUAUUCAACUGUGUGCUUCCAAUUGGUCAUUAUUUGUUUUUAUUUGAAGGCUACCAUGAAAAACGCCGGUCAUUACAAAAACCAAAUCAACAACUUUUUCUUUAGCGUCAUAAAAAAUGUCCAUAAUGAAAGCAUACGGAAUAGCUGUUUCAUUGUAAGCUUGAAAACUGGAUCAACCUCUUACAAUGAGCACUGCUGAAAUUUCUGGAGGGCCCGUGAGGUGUAGUUUUUGUCGGAAAAGUUUUCAAUUUCUUUUUGUUGGGUUGUAGAGCUUUGUUUUUUUCUGGAUAAGUUGGAUCAAAGGCACCACAAAUCUGUUAUGUUCCAGGUUUAAUUUCAUUACUUGAAAGCUUUUUUUAAUAUAGUUGAUUGAAUUCACGACCAAGUGAAAGCUGUUGAUUGAAAACAGUUUCGUAGUUUUUAUUGAAAACAGUGUUGAACUUGAAAACAGUACUGAUUAAGGACUUUUUAAUGGGUUUUUUCAUAUUUCGGUGUUUCAAUUCUGAAAUUACAACUGUAAGUGUACUUUUUUUCGGUUAAAAAUCGCAGGAUUUUACAGAAACAUUUCCAAACGUUGACCAGGAUUGUGUGAGAUGAUUAACGCCCAUUCUGCAAACCCAAAAAACAUAUUAAAAUUCAUUUGUAAGCGGGUUUAUUGUGAAAGGAUUAUUCAACGCGCUCUUCAAAUUUAGCUGGCCCUUCAAGGUAGCGAAGCCUUUGGUUGAAAAUAAUAAAAAAACGCACUUCUAACGAGCUUUUGCUUGAAGGGCGCAAAGCAACUCUAAGACCAAUUUUUGCAAACACUAACUGAGAGAAAAAUCUCAAAGAAAUUUAGCGCUCGAUGGCGGUCGGAGUGAAAUGAUUGAUUGAAAAGGUGAGUUUCAAAUACCAGUUGGACAUUGUGGUGUCUAUAGUUACUCCUUGGAAAAUUGAAAUAUUCAAAUUAAUUGUUACAGUAUUGGUGGUUUGUUUGGUACGAUUGCCAGCUGUUUUAUUUUAGAAAUUUUCAAUAGAUCAGUCUGUUCUUCACAGACGCUUGCUAAAUAUUACUUUGAAAACCAUUUAGUUUUCUGCUUGGAGGAAGCGAGUCGUGUUAACUCAUGUCUUCGAUCGAGCGAGUUUUUCAAACGGUUGCAACACAUUUGUGGGCUCCUGUGAGGUACUUCACGUAAUUUGUUUUAUCAUUGAUCCUUUCUCGAAUUUUGAGUGUAAUUUUUGAGAAUUUUACUCAAUUUCUCUUUAAAAAAAAAAGGAGUUACUCGUGAAGUCAAUCGUGCUCAUUUCUGUUCACAGUUGCACUGUGAUACUUUUUAAAUUUUAUUUGCAGAUAAUUUGCCUUGAUUUUUCCUUUUUUUCUAUUGCUUUAGUAAUCAAAGAUAGAGUGAGUCAGCCUGUUUAUUUGCUUGCAAAUGCUAUUUUGGUGCUUUUCUGUCAAGAUUUAAGUAAACAAACGAAAUAGGUCUUAAAGUUAGCAAAUUCUCAGUGGAAAUAAUACCAAGAUUUUAAGAAAUGUACGCAAAUGAAGCGCGGCAAUAAGGCGGCUUCACUUCACUUCACAGAGAGUUUUGAAGUAGGUUUUAAUGCAAUACUUAGUCGCUAGCCAUUGCGUAUUUAUGUUCUUCGCUUAAUUGUAAUGUUUUUUUCCUAUGCUGCGUUGCGUGGAGCAGAUAAAAUGUAAUAUUUUCUGCCACGAAGGUCAUCACUAACUGAUACUCGAGUAAAUGCAAUUCCUUUUUAAAUCCCAGGUUUGAUCUAUCUAAGGCAUUUCUGGCAUAUGAAUAAUUAAUGCUCCAUGGGAUUGUAUACGUAAAUAAUGCAUAUAUUAUCGUGUUAAUGAUUUAUUUAUUAGUUAUCGCCUUUUAACCAUCUUAACGGCUUGUUCACGGCUAGAGUGACAAUUCAUUUUUGUAACAUGACAUUAUCACUGAUUCUCAUUGCGCGACAACCCUAAGAUGCGUUUAAGUGACAUAACACAGCGGUAAGUCGUUAUUGUGGGAGAAUUUCAGGCUGAAAUGACGAGAUUUUUUGAGGUGGUUGGUCAGGCUGUUAGAGCAAAUAGAGAAAGGUGAGUUCACUCUGUUCAGUAGUCACUGUAGCCAAAAUAUUUUCUCUAAUAUUUGCAGGAUGAUGUUUUGUGUAUUUAUGCCGUGUAUUUCAGCACCGCUCAGUUGCAAUCGCAGCCUUUAAGGAAUUACUCUCGAGUGUCUAAACUAGUGAACGUUAAUUCAUUGACGGUCCUAAAUUUUCGCUCUUUGCCAGCCACGACGUAAAAUUUCAGACUUUUGCAUAAACAAAUAAGGAACAUUCGUAGUGGAUUUUACCAAGACAGACAAAGUUUUAAAAAUCAGAGCGAAGGUAGACCACACCUAUUAACCGGCGAACGCCAAAAACUGUGGGUACCUUUUCACGCGAUAAUCUUUGGUACUGUGAGUUUAACUAGAGCGGAAGUUUGUUAUGCGCGGCGGUUAUUAUGCCAAUGUAUCUUUCAUGUAUCCUACUCUUGUCAUAUUUUCGAUGUUUCAAGGCAUGCUUUACAAUAGUAUUGAAAGGGUUUACCGCCGAGUAUUCGAAAUGUAUCGGUUUAUCCUCUGCGAAUUGGAAGAAUAAUUUCUCUAAAUUUAUUACCAUUUUCAUCGUUUGAAAAUUGCCGUAGUAUUUUCGAGAUACCAAGCAGUGGUUUUAAGGCUAAAUAGAACGAGAAAGACUUCUAUCGUUGAAAACGAAUUUCAAACAAGAUACGUGAAUGAGUAACUCUUUAAGUGAACACUUUUUGUGCUGAAACAGAUCGAUUUGUUAAUGAAUUCACGAGUUUAUCGCUGUUUGUUCUGGUCCAAAUGCUCUGUUGUAACUGUGUCACUUCGAAAGGAAGAAGAUCCAAAAAUUUUCCUGAUUUACGGGGUUAGAAAGCUCCUUAGUUGAAAUGUUGUGAACUGCGGUACAAGAAACCCAAGUGUUAUUCGGUUCAUUUGAAACAUGACGAGGAAGACAAACCGGUCCUCGUAUCGCAGCAACAUAAAAAUAGAUACAAAAUGCCAUGUCCACUUAACUCAUAACACUGUUCUUUAAUUACACACACAACGCUGAUUAAUCUCGAGUUACAAAUACGGUCUUAUACCACAACCCUUGUGCGAUCGAGAAUCAGUUUAAAUUAUGAAGGAUUGCAGUAUUAGAUGGUUUUCGGAAAUAAAUGAAAGACUAUAUUCUUCAAAUUAAAGACAAAUGUUUGCCAGUACGGCAGGGGACUUAAAGAUGAAAAUUUACUUUUAAUUGUAAUGCGUUUUUGUUUAGACAACAGCCCAACAACGUCGGCAAAUAAUAUUUUAGCAAAGUAAAAUAUCCAACAUAGUUUCAAAUUGUCAAGGCUCUCUCGUAAUUGUCAUUGAAAAGGGGUUUUAUUGGUGGAAAUGUAUGUUUUUCCUUCAGUUAAUUGACGGUACUAGUAUGGUUUUAACAUGGUCGACGAUCAGUUUCGAAAUUCUCCCGACAAUUUGGAUUCACUAUCAAACUUCUGAAAAUGACAAGGGAUUUUUUUUAAAUCAAAGAGAUUUUACGUGCGCCCUGAUUGGUCAAAAACUUAUCGAUUGUUGUAAUGAUAAAUCUACAGCAAUUAUUUUAAAGCAACGGAAAGCACCUCCUAUCGCUUUGCCGAGCUAAUAACAGAUGUUUGCUUGAUAACGAACUAUAUUCUCAGAAAUAGCUAACCAAGAAACCUAUAGUUAUUAGUUGGAUGAAUUUGCCUUCAGAUCUUAAAAUGAAGGCGUUUAGAUAAUCCAAGACCUUUUUGACGGAAGCUAUCGUGAUCAGUUUAACAGUUAAACUAAAGGUUGCAAAAAACUGUUUCGUUAUUAUUCAAUAUCUUUUUUUAGAUGGAACAUAGCUUUCACACGUUUUUGUUUCCUUGGAAAUGAUCCCAGCUGUUUCUCAUUUUGAUGCGAAUUCAACGUCGGUAUUUUUAGUCGACAACAGUGAUCUUUGGGGAUUCUUUUGAUGGAAGGAUUAGGAAAUGGCCUCCUGUACUACCUUCGCCUCUAUUGUUUCCAUAGAAACCUAUCCUCUUUUACAAGAGUUUUCGCAUUUGACUGACCGAGCUAAUCUUUUGUCUCUCCUCAGUCCUUGGGUUCCGCCCGGAAUAAAACUUGGAAACGAGGGUCACCUGAACGAUUUUAUCGAUGGCUUAGGUCCAGCGCAGAUUGUUGGGCGCCAGGUUCUCGCAUCACCCUCCAUGGGAGACAUCCAAUUGGCGCUCUACAACAGGCGAGGAGUGUUAGAGGUCGAGGUCAUCAGAGCCAAGGGAUUGCUACCGAAACCGGGCUCGAAGAUUCUACCAGGUAAACACUUCGUUUUUGGCUGGAAUGUCAACAUUUACUUCGCUUGGAACCAGGCCUGGAAAACGGAGGUGGGGGGGGGGGGGGGGAGUGCGAGGGCAUGCGAAUUUUGGUCUUAACUGAGAACGCUUUCUUCGUCAGUUCGUUAAUCUAUAGUUUGAGACCACGAUGCAACAAAAACGAUCAAAAACAUGGCGGAGGUGUGGAGGAUAGCGGACCAAUUCUCUUUUCUCUCUUUGCGGAAAGGUCUUUUAGCUGCUGUCUAAAGCCCUUCAUUUACUUCUGUCGACAAGGUCUUGUUAAUUCGACGAUAGCAAGUUCUUUUUUUUUUCCUUUUGCAAUGAAAUAAUCACACAAAGCUGAGGUGUCUCCGUUUAUCAUCACACUGCUUCGUCUAGUCUUCAUCUUCCUGUGCCGUUUAGCUUUAAUAUAGCUUGCGAGCAUGCGCUCAUUAUAAGCGCUUCGGCUUUCCUCGCCCGCGAGAAAAUGAGCUAUGAGCAAAGCGAGCUGGUGAGAGGUCUGCAAAGGGUCUGGCACUGAUAAGUACCAGACCCCCGGCAAACUUCUCGAAUCGUCUCAAUCUUCCCGACGGUGGAGAAAGGUGCGUCCUGCUGCACUGAUAAUGAGUCUCCACUCGCACACUAGCUUUCAUUUGUGAGCACCAAUAAUCUGCUUUUUUUUUUCUUCUGAUUCCAGCGCCUUAUGUUAAAGUAUAUGUCAUGGACGGUAAACGCUGCUUAAUUAAAAAGAAAACCAGAACCGCAAGAAGAACGUUAGAACCGUUAUAUCAACAACAACUCGAGUUCAAGGUAGAAUUCACUGGAAAGACACUUCAGGUAAGUGAAAUGAGUGUUUCUUUAUUGAGUGUUUCAGAGUACGAUUCUUUCGUUUUCAUUGCUAACUGGCAAUGGAGUACUCAGCGAGUUACGUGUCAAACCUUACCGGUGCAUUUUAAGAUCCAUUAAUCUAGUUAUUUUAACAUGUUAAAAGUCUUAUUAUUGAAAGAUUUACUUGACUCGUAUGUUCUUCUCUAUUGCAGGUUAUUGUGUGGGGAGAUUACGGACGCAUGGACAGAAAAGUCUUCAUGGGCGUUGUACAGAUUUUACUCGACGAGUUGGACCUUAGUAAUCUUGUUAUUAGUUGGUAUAAACUGUUUUCUACGUCAUCCAUGUGUGAUCCGCCCCUUCCAUCAUCUUCCUCCCCACUCGGUGGUGGAUCGCCAAAAAAGUCCCCAGGUCCUUCCCCUAGGGAUCCGGGCGUGCCCAGUCCUAUGCGCAUGACGUCACCGAUGCCCACUAUCAUCCCGCCACCAGGUCACGCGCAUAACAUGGACGAGGAGGGAGACUAUGUAUGAGUUUGACAUCUGUAUGACAUGGAUUAAGCUUGGGGCGUCCACUGUGGAAUUCUGGGAAUUCUGUUUGGAGUAAAAGUUCACUCGGAGUUGAAAUGUUCAUGCUUGAUGAAUAAACAGACGAUAUGUGAAAUGUUUUUUACCACGGAAACGCUUUAUGGGCGAAGUAGACCGAGAAUCAGUUACAUUUAUAGUUAAAUUAUGAACAAUUUUAAGACUAAGUUGGACAAGAGCCGACCUCGCCCCAGACUUUCAGUUGAUUGAUCACAGGGUGACACAGACGAGGAUCAUGUGACUAGUUUUUACGUAAGUAAAAAAGUUAGGUAAGGAACUUGAGCUUGAUUUUUCUCUCAAUUAAGAACAAUCUAAAGAGACGUGCUUAUAGGAACCACGAACUAAUAUUCAGAAGGAAAAAUAACUUUGGAUGAAAAAAAAACUUUUCAUCAUUGAACACGCCGUGGUAAAAUUGCCUCUUUAAAUUUACCGCCUGAUUGAAAAAAAGAUCCGAAGCGAAUAUAAACGAACCACUGUUAUGUGCAAGUCAUUCAGUUAUGGCUAUUGCGUCAUUUUAUUAGUCAAUGAAUAACCACCGUUGUCUUAACUUUACUGUUUGACCAAACUGGUUGCCUUGUUUAAUAUAAGGUUGAUCCUUUGACUUCCCUGAUCUGGUAAGAAAUUCUCCUUACGAGCUGCUCAGUACACAUUGCCAUGAAAAAUUGGUAGGGGAAUGUGGUGCUAUAUGAAGGUGACUCAUUCCUACUGAUGCGCAUGUCAAUUCUCAUCACCUGUUGUUUUCAUUAUGUAUAGACAUUGUAAGGAGAAGCUGUAUUUUAGUCACUUCUGGAAGUCAGAGGUUUGAUUCUCUAGCUCUGUGCUGCUGUUAAAAUAUAAGGACUGCAGAAAGAUCAGUGUUAGGUAUAUAAUUUUUCAGUUUUCAAUCCUUUUUCGUUUUAUACAUUAUGAGCAAAUGUCUAAGUUUAGUCUUGUCGGCAGCAGUUCUAUGGUUCGUCACACAACUAUUUCCUGAUUAGCAACGUAGCGUGACAAAAUAGUUCCGCGGGCAAGAACCAAACCUGUGUAAGGGCUCAAGAGUCGCGUGACAUAGGGUCUUAUGUCGCGUGACGGUCUUGUGCUCACCGGGUCGAAACGGUGCGUAACGCAAGAGUAAUGUGUGACAAAUGAAAUAGUACUGAAUAUCAAAUGGCACAUUUUCAAGAGUAGAUAACCAGUAACAAGGAAGAUUAAUUUAAGUAAAAUAGAGAAUUUCAUUUAAGUAGCGUUGGGUUUUCAACGACGGUUUGACCGAUAUAGUUAUGUAUUAAACUAGUAUCUUAUAUAAUUUCACUUUUCACUUCACCAAAGUCUUUGGUAGUGGGAAAUAUGGACGAGAAUGGUUCUUUGUUCAAGCAUUCCACGUCGUAGGUAGACAUCUUUUAUUUAUAAGGAAAUAUUUAUUUAAAGACACUGAAGAGACAAUAUAUCAAAGGAUUGUACAACUGUUGUAAUAUUAUCACUAAUAUGUAUUUAUUGUAUUAUUUGAAUCUUGGGGAAUGAAGUUCUUUUUGACGGAAAUAGUAUUUAUGUGCUUUUUAAAGCUUAAAUCAAACGUAAUGAGGUAGCU